CGAAGACCAAGAAUCGGGGCGACGGAGUCCAUGCGCCGUUUUCGGAGAAGAAGCGUCGACCACUUUGGAAAUUGAUUGGUGCAUCGGCGGCAAGCCGGCCGGGGGCGGAGAUAUGAGCGGGGACGAGCACUCCUCCGACGAGUCCGUGAUCGACCGCGGCGAGUAUGAGGCGUCGCGGCAGGACAGCGCUAACGAGCGAGCCGUCAUCUGCGCCUCGGUGGAGGACCUGAAGGCCGAGAUGGGGGUGAGGUUCACGGAGGUGCUGGCAGCCGUGCGUGAUCGGGGCGGCGGGGCCGCCGCGGGUGGCGCUGCCGGAGCUGCACCAGCGCCCGGAUAUGGGGGCGCGCGUGCAGCUGCCGGCGGGGCGUCGGCGCCCACGUAUGGGGGCGCGAACGCGGGUUACGGGCUCCACCGCGUGGAGUCGAGUCCCGGGUUGCUGCAGGGCGCUGGUCGGUACGGCAGUGGGGGCGGCUUAGGCUUCACUCCCGCGAUUUCGUCCCCGUUUGGAGCGGGAGGCCUUAACGUCGACUCCGGGGGAAACGGGAUGGGCACGGGGAUGUCGCACGCCCAGCGGCGGAUGGAAAAGGUGAUUUCGGACCAGCGGGUGAACGCUUGGAGCGCGGUUAACAGCCGCAUGUGGUGGGUGGUGAUGGGAUGUUUUCCGCCGAAGUUAGAGACGCCGAGCUUGCAAGGGUUAAUGCAUGAUAGUUUUGAGGUCACGGACGAGGUGGCCGACAUGCUCUUGAACUUCCGUGGCUUUGACCCUGCUGCAUUCGCGCCCCGGGGGGCGGGUGGUGAACGUAUCCCCAUCGCAACGCAUUUGGCCCUCAUGGCGGGGGCCUUCAUCACCAUCGCCCGCCGGGGGAUCGUCGACGAACCGAGGUUGGCGGCGGCAUCGAGAGCGCAGGUGGAUCGUGUCGAAGCCUCGUUCCAGGCGGCCAUCGCCGACGUGGAGCGGCACACUCGGGAGAAUUACGCGGCCAUCCAAGUACCGCACAACCGCGACAUCUUUUUGACUUUCAUCGUCAAGGACAUGGACAUUUACACGCGCGAAGUACAGAUGUUCGCGGACGAGAUGCAGCGGCGCUUCGUUUUCCCUCCGGGGGGAAGGGCAGCAAGGCCAGGGACCCGGGGCCGUGCUACCAGUUCCAGAAACACGGCCGGCGAAAAGGGAGGAAAACGGGGGGGCAUGACUGGCGGCGGGGCCGAGGAUGGUGGCUCCAAAGGUAGCCCCUCCACCGUCGCGGACACCAACGCUCCUGCCGCCGCCGCCCCAGCGAAGCGGGCCAAGGUGGGAACGGCCGGGACGAAGACUCGCAGCAGUGCGAAGGGCGGUGCCGGCGGCGGCGCGGAGGACAGCGAUGAGGAAUAG